AUGCUUGAUGACCAGGAAGGCUUCGUCCGUCUUCCCAACGAACGUCUGAUCUACUCCUCCCCUCCUCGUACUAGUGUCUCUUUGACCCCGCCGUCCGGAUACAAGGGCGCAGAAAAACUUUCAAUCCAAAGCAGUACCGGCUGCAUCCACCUCACCAACCAAAGAGUCGUCUACCUUCCCGCAUCUAGAAGUAAUGACUUCCAGUCCUUCUCAUCACCGCUCUUGAAUAUCCGUGACUCCCAUGUAUCUGCACCGUUCUUUGGGCCCAAUGUAUGGACAGCUCUAGCGCAACCAGUAUCUGGAGGUGGCAUUUCACCGUCUCUGCCUGCCGUCCAGUUGAAAGUGACAUUCAAGGAGGGUGGAGCCUUUGACUUCCAUACCAACUUCGAGCGGAUUAGGGAACGACUCGAGCAAGCUGUCGAGAACACAAGUCACGGAACUCGGGGGCACCAGAACGUGGAUCUCUCAGCUGUCCACUUAGAAGAGUUGCCUGCAUAUGAAGCUCCGCCUGAUGCUAGCCAACACGCUAGACCCAGUCAGACACCGGAAGAAUCGCAAAGCAGUCGAGCAUCUGACACCGGUACCGAACCUGUGGAGCCGCCUCCAUGUUACGAGGAGGUUCAGUCACAGAGUUCCGAAAGAAGCAGCUCUUGGGCAAAACCAACAACCUCCCUCAUUACCACCCCCUUCCGCUUUUCCACCCACACAAGACCUCCGGUCAUCAUUCAAUUGAUCUCUGUCGCAAUGGGUCUCUCCGAAUUUUUCUCUGACGUCGUCUCCUCCUUCGGGUUCACUGAGGCCCAGGCUGAGGCUCCCGCUCCAGACACCGAGACCGAGACCACCACUCAGGAAGAGCCCGCCGAGGAGGAGCCCGCCUCCACCGAGAGCGCCGAGACUGAGUCUGCUGAGCCCGAGUCAGCUGAGGAGACCCCGGCUGAGGAGGAGUCUGCCGAGGAGACCCCCGAAGAAGAGGAGGCUGAGGCCGAGGAGGAAGAGGAAGAAGAGGAGGAGGAAGAGCCUGAGGACAUCAAGCCCAAGCUCGAGGAAGAGUGCGCCCACUCCGCCGUCUGCGCUCCCUACAAGCACCACUACGAUGAGUGCGUUGAGCGCGUCACCCGCCAGGAGGAGGAUGAGGAUUUCAAGGGCCCCAAGGAGGACUGCGUCGAGGAGUUCUUCCACCUCACUCACUGCGUGACCGCCUGCGCUGCCCCCAAGCUCUGGAGAGAGCUGAAGUAA